CGUAUCAAACUCAGAAGUAAAAAUUAAAAAAAAAAAAAAAAACAGUAGAAAAAUUGAAUCACUUCUGCAAACCUCAGAUAUAUACAUCGACUGAUUCGAAUAUGUGUUUCUUUGAUACUCGGUGCGAUCAGAACCUGACCGUGGUGGUGAAGAUGGAUGUGGCGUGGUGGAUGGAAGCGAUUCCACCGCGGAUAAUUUCUCCGGCGAAGCCAUCUACUACUCCGAUCCUAGAGACGAUUUUAGAAGGAGGAGAGACCGAGGAAGACGACCACGAACAAGAUAACGAAGACGUGUAAAAUUCUAUUUUGAUGAUCGUUUUGUUACUCGACCGGUCUUGGACCUUUGGAUAUAGAUUCCUAAUAUUUCUACAUAAUUGUAUAACAUGGGAUUUUGUAUUGUAUAUUUUGUAUAAUCAAAUCUCAGUUCUUUAUAAAAAAAGUUUUCAUCGAUCUUUCAAA